UAAGGAAGUUCUUCUGGUUUCUUGUUAUGGUUCGUGUUGCAGAAUUUGUUCAUUUGAUUCAUUGUUUCACAAGAGUCGCUUCUUAUUUCGUUAGCUAUUUCAUCACAUACUUGUAAAACUGAAAUUUUUUCAUCUUAGAAAUUAGGAUUAUACUUCCAUGCCAAGAAACCAUUGAAUUUUCUCUUUUUUUUUUCUUUCGCCUUUUUAUUCGGGUAUCUACAAAUUUUCCUUCCCUCAAAGCUUUCUACUUUCAUCGCUUGUUGUCCAAACAACUUUUUUUUCUUUCUUUUUUUUUUUGGGAUCAACAAGGGAUUUUGAGAUUUAUCAUUUGAAAGGUAUCUCCUCCAAAGGCUAAAAAAUGAAGGGUAUUCAAAGUCAAAACCAAAAGCCCUUAAACUUGCUCUCAAAACUCUCUAAUGCCUUCCAACUUCAUUUCCUCAACAUGCUUAGUUAUUUCCUUCUCUUUGGAUGUGGUCUAACACUUGGAAUCAUCAUCACCACAUAUAUGAAGGAUUUCUCAUUCAAUCUCCAAUUCACUCAAUUCUCCAUCUCAACUUCUUCACCAUCUUCUUCAUCGUUGUCGUCGUCGUUAUCAUCAUCUUCUACUACAUCACAAACUUUGGAAAAGCAAAUUCCGACUGUAAGUGUAACAGAAGAAACAGAAACAAAGUCCAACAUUAGCAAUCAAAUAUUGGGAUUGGAAGAAUAUUUGAAGCCUCCAAGUGUCAUGCACAACAUGACCGACAAAGAAUUGUUGUGGAGAGCUUCCAUGGUUCCGCGGAUUCCAGCAUAUCCGUUCAACCGAGUUCCCAAGGUUGCUUUCAUGUUCUUGGUAAGGGGACACGUUUUCAUGUCCCCAUUGUGGGAGCAAUUCUUCAAAGGGCAUGAAGGGCUCUACUCAAUUUACGUGCAUUCGAAUCCGUCUUACAAUGGAUCAGCUCCUGAAAGUCCUGUUUUCCAUGGCCGAAGAAUUCCUAGUAAGGAAGUUGGAUGGGGAAAGGUGAACAUGAUCGAGGCGGAGCGGCGCCUUCUAACCAAUGCCCUUCUCGAUGUCUCAAACGAGCGAUUCAUCCUCCUCUCGGAGGCAUGUAUCCCACUCUACAACUUCAAAACCAUCUACAACUACCUCAUCAACGCCACCAAGAACCAUGUCAUGGCAUAUGACGAGCCCGGAGUCGUAGGCCGAGGCCGAUACAACUACCACAUGUACCCGGAUAUCUCACUCAAGCAGUGGAGAAAAGGGUCUCAGUGGUUUGAAAUGAACAGGGAAUUAGCCAUUGAAGUAGUAUCGGACAGCAAGUAUUUUCCUAUCUUCCAAAAGUAUUGUAGAGGCAAUUGUUAUUCUGACGAGCAUUAUUUGCCAACGUUGGUGAGCAUCAAAUUUUGGGAAGGGAAUUCCAACAGGAGUUUGACUUGGGUUGACUGGUCAAAGGGUGGCCCACACCCGGCUCGGUUUUGGAGAACUGAUGUCACGCUUGAGCUGUUGAGGAGUAUGAGGAGGAAUAAUACUGGUUGUGCUUAUAAUGAGAAUAGCACAAAUUUAUGUUACUUGUUUGCUAGGAAGUUCUUGCCUAGCACUGUGGAUAGACUACUCAAAUUUGCACCAAAGAUCAUGCAUUUCAAUGAUUAAGGAGGAGAUCCUCAUUUGUUUAUUCAUUGGAUUGCAAUAAGUUUCGGGUACAAAAUCAAGGUGGUCCUUGCACUUAUUGUUUCAAUUUGUUGAUUUUUUUUUUUUUUUUGUAAUUGCAAUAUAUUGUUAAUUAAAAUUUAUUUUUGGUGGAGCUUUUUUUAACUUUUGAAUUUGACUCACUUGGGCGGUGGCAAACAGUCUUUAGUGGGUGUUAAAAGAACACAAAUCCUCUGCAUUUAGACCUUUCUCUUCCAAUUCAUUUAUGCACGGUGCUCAAGGCCCGCAAGAUUUGGGCAUUUUGAUUACUUCAUAAGUAUGUUUUCAAAUAAAUCAA